AUGGCCGAAUUAAGAGCCGCAGUCUACGUCGCACCUCCCAUCUCCGCCAAAGUCCCUGGUCGUGAUACUACAAUAUUCUGGUCCCCAAUCUCUUGCACCCUCGUCUACUCCACCAGAGAAGCCGUCCUCAUCGACACCCCGAUCACGAUCAAGCAGACAGAGGAACUCAUUGCAUGGAUUGAAAAGGUCGCACCCAAUAGGAAACUCUCCUAUGCGUACUUUACCCAUGGGCACAUAGAUCACUGGGCAGGACUCCCUCUUCUCUUGAAACGCUUUCCGGAGGUUGUGCCGCUCGCGACCGUCGGCACCAUCAAGCACAUGGAACAGGAGAUCGAAGAAGGCUACUUCAAUCAGGUCUGGGAGUCACGCUUCCCCGGCCAAAUCUACAAGCCGUUCGCUCUGCCGCAGGCCUUGCACAACCACGUGUUCAAACUUGAAGACCGCUGGGAGUUUCAUGCCAUUGAGUGCGGGCACAGCGACACGUACGCUUCAACUGUGCUUUGGCAACCAAAUCUCAAGCUCGCUGCGUGUGGAGACGUUGUUUACGGACAGGUGCACCAGAUGCUUUACGAGGCCAACACCAAGGCGAAGCGCGACGAAUGGAUCAGAGCGGUCGAGAAGGUCGAGGCACUGGACCCGGUUUAUGAUAUCCCAGGACAUCGACAGGCUCAGGAGAUUGAUGGGGUUUGGCACCUUGCUGCGACGAAGAAGUACAUUCAAGACUUCGGGAAAAUCGUUGAAAGGGGGCCAAAAGAUGCAAAAGAGGUGUUCAAAGAAGUGAUGAAGUUGUAUCCUGACCGAUACAACCGUGGAGCGGUGCAGCUCAGCGCAGCUGGAGUAUUCAUGCCUCCGAACACCAAGGAAUCUCGUAUUUAA